UCGAACUGCACAAACCACAACAGAAGCCUGGGCCGUUCAAGUCGGAUAUAUCCUCAUGUGGUUGUCAUUAUUGCCUAAUUUUAUUUAACCGAGUGCAAGAUAACGCUUACUAGAUUCAGACAUGGCAGGUUUACCGCCCGGAGACCCACAGCUGGUCUCCAUGAUCGUCAAUCAUUUAAAAACUCAGGGUCUCUUCGACCAGUUCAGGAGGGACUGCCUGGCAGACGUUGACACAAAGCCAGCUUACUUGAACCUGAAACAAAGAGUGGACAACUUUGUGUCCAAUCACCUUUCUAACCACACAUGGAGCCCUCAUUUGAACAAGAACCAGCUGAGAAACAACAUCAGACAACUUGUGCUGCAAUCUGGGAUGCUGGAGCAGGGGGUGGACAGGAUUGUGGCCCAGACGGUGGAUCCCAAAGUCAACCAUAUCUUCAGGCCGCAGGUGGAGAGGGUGGUUCGUCAGUUUCUGUUCCCUGGCAGCUGCUCGGAGGAGGAGCCGCCGCCACCACCGCCUUCAGCUGAGAUCAAACCAGACAGCAGCAUUCCUGAGCAAGCCUCGUCAUCUGCUCCAACUACCACGGCAGCCAGCAACGCCAUGUCCAUCCUGGACACCAUAACCUCUCUAAACCAUGAGGCCAGCGUGAGGGCGAGCACCGACAGAGGACGUAGAGAUGAGCCCAUGAUGGGGGAGGAGGGCGAGCAGGACAUGUGUAUUGUUGAGGAAGGGGACAGCCACCAUGAGGACGAGGAAGAGGAGCUGGCUUCAGAGGUUCAGGCUCUAGAAGUGAAGACGGAGGACACGCAGGAAGAGGUGGAUCUGGGAAAAGAGGGGUUAAUAGAGGAGGUGAAGAUGGAAGAGGAGGAGUCAGGAACUCUGGAACAGACCGAAGAGGAGAAGGAUAAAGCUGCAAGCCAAACAACUGGGAAACCCACGGAGGAGAAGCAGGAUGAAGAUCUUCUGAAAUCCCCAAGUCAGGAUAAGCAGAAAGCCAGAGAGAGGAUUAAAGAAGAAUACUUUUUGGAGGACUCGGACCUGGACGGGCUGAGUGACAUCACAGUGAGCUCCGUCCACACCAGCGACCUGUCGUCAUUCGAGGAACAAAGUGAAGACGACGGGCUGUCCGACUCUUCUGAGGAGGGGGAGCUUCCAUCAGAUGAUCAAGAUGAGAAUGCAGAGAAGAAGCCGACAGACGCAGAAGAAGUGGAGCGCAAACCUCGCCGCAAGGCCUACGUUCACAAGCCCUUCCUUUACUCCCGUUACUAUAGCGACUCGGAUGAUGAAGUCACUGUGGAAGAACGAAGGAAAUCUGUGGCAAAGGACAAAGAGGAAAGGCUGCUCAAGAGACAACAGAACAGAGAGCGAAUGGAAGAGAGGCGUAAACAGAAAGCAGCACAGGCCGAAGAACAAGAUCAGAAAAUGCAGAACCUCCCCAGAGCCAAAGAGGCUCGCAAGGAGAGGAAAGUUCUGGAGAAAAAAGUGGCUCUCAACAGGAAGAGGAAGCUAGACUCAAGGAAAGACGGAGAGGUUUCAAGCAGAAAGAGAGGAGAUACGGAAGGAUCCAAGAAAGCGGAAUUAAGACCUACACCUUUAAAGCCUCCACAACCGAAAUUAAUGAGAAACCUAUCAGAAUCAGCUUCGUCUGAUGAGUGGAACAGAAGGGUGAGCGGCAGCGUCUCGGAAGACUCCAGUGAACCCAAAAAGCUCUCUGAAAAAAGCCGGACACACUCCUUCAUCCUGGAGCUGGAGCAAGGUUCCCAAGAGACUCUCAAACCACGCACCAGUGGGAAAUUUGAUCGGUUGUCCCGUAAGGAACUUCACCCUAAAGAACGCAAAGACAAAGAACGCAGCUUGUCAGAUGAACGUUUCAAACUCAAACAAAAGCAGGAGAAAAAAUCAGAACAGCAGGCAGAGGAAUCUCAGCAGAAGGAAGCUGUUAAAGUGUCCUCUGAAGACAAAGGGGAGAAGAAGCCUAAGAUUAAAAGUGAGAAGAAAAUGACCGGGACUACAAGAGAGGGGAAGUCGUCAGAAGCUGUGGCAGAGGAGGGUCCUAAAGAUGCUGCUGUCAAGAAGGCAAGAGCUCCAUCUAUUGAUACUGUUAAAACAGAGAAGGACAAAAUAAGGGAUAAGGGUAAAGACAAGGUCAAGGGAGAGAAAGCUUCAGCGAAAAGUGAAUUCAAGCAGCUGCUCCGCCACGAUUCUGCCGGCUCUUCUGAGGACCGGUCAGACCUGGAGCCGGGGUCCGACAGCAGCAAGAGGAAAGAUAAACCCUCAAAGGAAGUCCUGAAAAGGUCAAAGAGCCACACUGAGAACAGGCCAGGAGACAAACCCAAAUCUAAAACUGAAGGUAAAGACAGCGAGAAGGAGAAGAGCAAAGCAGAUCAAGACAGCCAGAGAUCAAUCAAGUCUGGCUCUGAGAUGGACAAAGAUUCAAAAAGGGUCAAGCCCACAGAAAAAGUUAGAACCGUGGAUAAAUCUAAAUCAAAAUCUAAAGAGGAAACAAAGACUCCAUCGUUAUCGAAGACGGAUAAUAAAGUUCAGAGUUCAGCAGCAAAACCUGAGGCGUCAAAGGAGAAGAGAAAAGAGGUAAAGGAACAGCCAAAGGUUUCAGAGGAGCUUCCCCAGGAGAAAUCUGAAAUCAAGACUGCAAAGAAAAAAACAGAGAAGAAAGACAAAGUCCCAGAAAAGACAGACGAUAACGAGGAGGAGAAGAAAACCCCCAGAGAAGACAAAUCUUCAAAGUCUUCAGUGUCCUCACUCGACGCAGAGGAGCAGCCGAAGAAACCUUCCCUUCUGCAGGAAACCAGCACCGACUCGGACCCCGUCACCACCCCCUACUCAGACGAUACCUGCGACGCACUGAGCGACAUCACCCCCGAGCCCCCCGAGGGCGACACAGAGUCCCGACUCAGCGAGAUCCCCGUCCUGCCCGCCGAGGCCGACGCCCUGCUGGCUCUGAUGGACGUCUGUGCUUCAGCCGAGGCCAGACUCCCCCACGAGGAGCCGGAGACCCUCCUGCAGGACGCUGAUCUGAUGAAGGAGGCCGCUCUCACUCUGCUCUCCAUGGAUCCUAAAGGUGCCUCCAAAAUAAUUCCCCCGAAUAAAGGGGAGGCACCAAAGGAAAGUCAGACGGCCCGACAACUGGAGGAAAGUCCUGAAGCUGAACCAAAAGAGCAAACGGCUGCUGAAGCUGAGCCGUCUCCAGCUGCUGUCGUUGAGCCGUCUCCAGCUGCUGUCGUUGAGGAACCAAGCACUGCAGAUGUGUCGGAGUGUUCAGAGAAAGAAAAGGAUGUGGGAAAGGACUCUCCUGCUCCACAGGACGAUGAAACUACUUCAAAUCAAUCUAUUUCAAAUAUGGAUGAAGCUAAAACAACUCAAAUUCCUGAGAAACAGCUAGAUGGAAACACGGCACCGGCAGCAGCAUCAACUACCAACGAAGAUGCUGGUACUUUAGUGUCAGAAGAAGUUGGAGAAACCACAGAUGAAAGCACUACUGCAGUUGAUACCACUGAACAAGUCUCAGAUAUUCCUACUGAACAAGUCUCAGAUAUUCCUACUGAACAAGUCUCAGAAGUAUCCACUGAACAAGUCUCAGAAGUAUCCACUGAACAAGUCUCAGAAGUUUCCACUGAACAAGUCUCAGAAGUUUCCAUUGAACAAGUCUCAGAAGUUUCCACUGAACAAGUCUCAGAAGUAUCCACUGAACAAGUCUCAGAAGUUUCCACUGAACAAGACCAAACUGAGAGUGCAGAGGUUGUAGACACAAAGACGAGCCCGAAGGCCGAGGAAGUGGUAGCUGAUGACGACCAGGACAAGAUGGAUGUAGAUCAUAGUGAAGCUGAGAGUAAGACAGUGGAGGAAGGAAACGUUGCCACAGAAAAGAGUGAUCUACAAACUAUGGAACACAAUGCACCGCAGAAGACUGAGGAGAUCAGAGAAAGUGGAUCAGUGGGUCAGUCCGUACUGGUCAAACAAAUUAGUAAUGUCUCCAGUACAGACAGCCAGGAAGAUGAGAAGGGGUCAGAUCUGUCAGAAAAGGAAGAGAAGACGGAGGGACGAGGAAGACGUAAGCGAAAGCUGUCCACUCAGAAAGUUGCCGCAGUGAAGGAAUCUGGUGAUGAGAGGGAUGAAAAUGAAAGUAAAGAGCAACCGUCUGUUGAGGAAACGGACCAGGAGAAGGUUGUGGAGGUCAGGACGCCUCGCAGGGGUCGAUCAUCCAAAACCAGCGAGGAGACCGAGAAGGAGCAACCUAAAGAACCUGAGAAACCAGAGGAGACCCCGAGCCGCGGGAGGAGGCGCUCAGGAGCGGCUGCCAAGGAACCCACCUCUGCUGAUAAUCAGAAGAAUGAGGAGAACAAAGACGAGAAGAGCACCGAGACAGAAGAGGCAACAGCAGAAGAAAGUGGACCGAGGAAAUUAACACGGCGAGGAAGUCAAGUCGCUCUGCCGUCGACUGUUCCAGAAGAAUCUGCCGCUGCAGGAAGCUCCGACUCCAAAGACGCCACACGUAAACCAGCGGUGAAGAGGAAGAGGUCCGAGGAUACGGAGGAAUCUGUGGAGGAAACUCAGGCUGAAGAGGAGGAGAAGAACGACUCCAGUCAACAGGAACCAAGUGAACAACCUGAAGAAGGCAGUGUUUUGUCCCCUGCAGCGAGCCAGGCAGAGAGUGAAGAGGAGAUCUCCAGCGAGAAGAAACCAGACGAUGUUGAAGAGGAGGACCAGGAGGCGACUCCAAAGAGAACCGGUCGGAGGGGACGGCCGUCAAAGUCAGCGGCAGCCCCCGAGGAUCCAGAUAAAAAGGAAGGAAAGGCAGACGAGAGCGAGCAGAAUGAUGAUGAUGAGGAGGAGGACGAUGAAGGGGAUAAAGAAGACGGAGACAAAAGAAACGCAAGGAGAGCAACGACGCGAUCUGCAGCUCGCCUGGAGGCCGAGAAGAACAAGCCGAGUAAACCAUCCACCCGGGCGAACCGGCAGAACGGCCAAGAGGAGAGCGCAGCUGGCACACGCGGGACGAGGGGCCAGGCAGCAGCAGCAGCAGUGAAGGGGGGCCGCAAACGGGAGGCCAGCCCCCCUGCUGUGCGAACGCGGGGAGGACAGAAAUCAGAGGAGCCCCCGUCCAAGAGAGCCAAACGCUAAAGCCUCAGACUUUCUGUUUGCCCCGGCGGCGUUUUCGCUGCACUCCAUAUUAUUAAAGUCCGUUCUGUUGCCGGGGGGUCAGAGGGUCUCUGCAGUCCGUUAGCAUGUCGAGACGUUUCUGCUUCACUGACUGCAGAUAUUGAAAAGCUCUGGAUAGUAUUAAUCUGAUGGUUGUGUGUAAACCUGAGGAUCUGUGCGGGAAUCCCCCCAGAAUACCUUCUACCGCACUACGCCCAUAUGGUUUGCAUCAGACUUCAUCAUCCCACCGUUUAUUCAGUAAUGCCCAGCGAGUCAGAGUGUUCCAGCCCAAUCUCAGGCCUAACAGCAGCCCAGUCCUACCUUCAGGUAAAGAGGUUCAAAUCUCCGUUCCUGCUGGGACUUUGUGUAAAUUCAAACACUUACAUAGAAAUCAUUGUGAAGCGUCUUAGCAGUCAUUGGGAGUUUUUCAAUAUUCAUUCUGUGAAUGAAAGGAGAGGUUUUCCCUCCCAGUCUUUUUUAAGAUGUAUUUUUGUAUACUUUUCACACGGUAAGGGACACGUAUUAGUUUGUUUUUAAAUAACGCCAGUAUUAGCAUCAGACAGGAAAAACCUCGAACAGUGACUUUAUGAACUGAAUCUACUUCAUGACACAAGUGUAACAAAGAACAGUUUGUUGGUGUCAAACUCAUGUGAUCUAGUUUUGUGUAUUUUGUUAACUGUAUAUCAAUAUAAUGGUGUUAGAUGUUGCCUACCUGUCAAUGUAAAGACAUUUUUUUAUAAAUGUAAAAAUACCUAA